CGAAUUUUCAGCCGACGAUGGCCUCGACGAUGCCAAAGCGCGUGCGCAAGUCCUCGGACGUCGCUGUCUACGGCGAGUACGCCGACUCGGUGCCCGAGAUGGACGACUGGACGACGGCGCCGCAUACGCUCACGGUCGGCUUCAUCACGCUGAUCUUCUUCCUCUACAACAUCUUCCAAGACAACGACCCGAACGCCAGCGCGCUCGACGACCUCAAGCGCGGUAUCUACUUUGCCUGCCUCUUCUUCCUCGUCUACUGCGUGCUGCAGCUGCGCGACGGCCACUUUCUUCGGCCGCAUCCGGCGAUCUGGCGCCUCAUUACCGGCAUCUUCAUUCUCUACGAGAUGCUGCUCAUCGUGCUGCUCUUCCUCAAGACGGACGACGCGCGCGCCUUCAUGAAGCACUUUGACCCGAAGCUCGGCGUCAAGCUGCCCGAGACGGGGUACGCAGACGACUGCCGCCUCUACGUGCCGGAGGCCGAAGACCCGUUCAAGAACCUCCGCGCGACCAUCAUGGACCGCUUCGUUGUCAUGCACUUUCUUGGCUGGGUCGUCGGCGCGCUCAUGAUUCGCUCGUACAACGUAUGCUGGGCGAUCUCGAUCCUCUUUGAGUUCUACGAGCUCACGUUUGCGCACUGGCUCAAGAACUUCAACGAGUGCUGGUGGGACCAAGUGUUCCUUGACGUGCUCCUCUGCAACGCGGCGGGCAUCUGGAUCGGCAUGCGCAUCUGCCGCUUCUUUGAGAUGAAGAACUACAACUGGGUUGGCAUCCGCACGAUCCCAACGGUCUCUGGGAAGGCCCAGCGCAUGAUGGCGCAGUUCACGCCAGUCACGUGGCUCUCGUACGACUGGAAGAUGUUCCGGUCCGCCUCGCGCUUCUGGCAGGUCAUGGGCAUGGUCAUCACGCUCUCGGUCAUGAUGCUCAACUCGUUCUUCCUCAAGACCGUCCUCUGGGUGCCAGCGUCCAGCUACCUCAACGUCGUCCGCCUCUCGAUCUGGUACUCGGCCGGCAGCUACGCGAUCGCCGAGUACUACAUUUUCAUGACGUACUCGGGCCCGGACGUUGUGACGCCCGCCAAGAAGCUCGGCCCCCGCGCCUGGCUCGGCUUUGGCGUCGUCAUCUCGGAGGUCUGCCUCAUCCUCAAGCACGGCACGGGCAUGUUCACCGAGCCGUUCCCGACGACCGUCAAGAUUGCGUGGCUUGUCGCUGGUCUUCUUCUCACGGUAGGCUCGACCAUCUACUUUGUCUGCGUCCACCGCGCCCGCGACGCCGCCAAGAAGCAGCAGUAGUAGUACCCACCAGCUAAUAACAACAACCCUUGAUCUUGCAUCGCUCCAGCAG